AUGAGUGAUCAGCUAACUAGUCCUGCUGCAUCACUUUCUUAUUUUGAUAUCUCAUAUUUAACUUUUGAAGCUGUUUUAGAAGUUGUUAUUAUUUGUUUUGCCGGGUUUUUAGCGGCAAAGACUGGGUUAUUAAACACACAAGGGCAAAAACUACUAAGUUCGUUAAAUGUUGAUUUAUUCACACCAUGUCUUAUAUUUUCCAAAUUGGCUAGUUCAUUGAGUCUAUCCAAGCUUAUCGAUUUAGCCAUCAUUCCAAUUUUCUUUGCAUUGUCUACAUUAAUCUCGUAUGGCUGUUCAAGAGGUACAUCAUGGUUUUUGUCAUUAAAUGAGCCAGAAACUGAUUUUGUUACUGCUAUGGCGGUAUUUGGUAACUCAAACUCAUUGCCAGUGUCAUUGACGUUAAGUUUAGCAUACACUUUACCAGGCCUUUUAUGGGAUGAUUUGGUCGAUGAUGAUAGUGACAAGGUUGCUGGUAGAGGCAUUUUGUAUUUAUUGAUUUUCCAACAAUUGGGGCAAAUCCUAAGAUGGUCAUGGGGAUUCAACUUUUUGUUGAGAAAGAGGUCGCAUGUUGAGUUGAAUACCUACUAUAACAAGCAUGGUGCUAUUAUUGAAUCAGAAACAACAAGGCUAUUGUCAGCUGAAGAUGCAUUGUACAUUGAUGAAGAAGAGCAAACCACAACUGAAAUUAAUCCAAGCUCAGAAGAUAAUACAGAUGAUUCACAACAAUCAUCGCAUGAUGAACUAGACGAAACAGAAGAAGUUGUCACUUACGAGAAGCCAUCUUCUUUGUAUGCUAAAUUUGCUGAAUUGCCUGGUAUAAAGCAGUUUUUAUCAUUUAUGAAUCCUCCUUUAUGGGCUAUGUUGCUUAGUGUCAUUGUUGCUUCAACGCCUUUACAAAGGGUAUUUUUCCAUCGGGUGCUGAAAAUGGUGAUGGCUCAUUUAUCCACAAUACGGUUACCGAAGCCAUAUUAG